UUCAAUCGAGGCGGCCCACAUUCUUUCCGUCUUUAACACCAAGUCGUCGCCAACGUGCAUGCCUAGAAGAUGGCAUGUCUAUAGAAAUUCCUACAAUUGCACCAAAGCGAGCAAUGGUUUCACAUGCCUUUCAGACAUCAUCAGUUGUGGCACCUAAUGAUAAUGUUAGAUUAAAGGCCCAAUGCUUACGACGUGAACGAGAGAGAGAAAGAGACAACAUUCAACUGAGGCAGCCCACAUCCUUUUCGUCUUUAACACCAAGUCAUCGCCGACGUGCAUGCCUAGAAGGUGGCAUUACUUCUACAUCUAUAGAAAUUCCUACAAAUUCACCAAAGCUAGCAAUGGUUUCACAUUCCUUCCAGUUAUCAUCAGUUGUGGUGCUUCCUACAACACCAAAUUUGAGAGACUAUUCUGCUAGCACAAAAACUCCCAUAACUGUGGAUAGUAUGCUAUGUCAUCAUGAACCCUAGGCAUGCCAACAUUCAAUACCUCAUAUCGAAGAAUCUGUAGCUAUGCCGAGCAUAGCCAUGGAUGAACCUGAAAUGUGUCAUCCUUCAAUGCCUCCUCAGAAUCUCGAGGAAGAGUUUCUAGCCGUGGCAACUGCUCAUGCACAAUUACUUGACAAAGAACUUCUUGCUAUGUCGGACACAUCUUCAGCUCCA